GCAAUAGGACCUUUUCAAAUACUUUAUUCAAAGCUUUAUAUAACCCUACAUAAUGCCAGUUAAAGCCAUUUCAAAAGUUUCUAUUGCCCGUAAUGGUAUAGGCGCAUUUGUUGUUCCAUGUCACAGAAUAAAAAUUAACUACUGCAACUGGGGUGGAUCUUCAAAGGGAGUACGGGAACUUCUCAAAGAUGGACAAAUAAACCAGUUGGCUGCUAAGAAACCAUCCAUCUUAUUUGAAGUCGUAAAGAGAUCUGGUCACCCAUCUGUUGAAUUCCACUAUAACAACGAUGCGGUCAAGGACCUUGAAGUCAAGAACAUGGAUUCAAGUCUUGUUUUGAAGAAGAUUAAUGAAUUAUCCCAAGCUAGUGGUAACGAAUUAUUCAAGUGGAACCAUAAGGUUUUGUCUAUUAAUGAGUCUGUAAGAGGUAUCUGGUCUCCAAUGCACGUUGCCAAGGAUGCUAGACAUAAGAUAUAAAGGGGUGUAUGAUGAAUGGUGUCAUGUAUAUAUAUAACAAAUAACAUACAAAAAUAGUAUAGUACAAUUAU